AUGCUUCACCCAAUCGUUCUUCUUGUCGGUACGUUCUGAAAUAUUCGAUGAAUCGAAUUGGCUCAACUGACACGUAUCUCUCUUACUGUCCACUUUCUUGUAGAGAAUGGCGAGCACCUUGAACUCGCCGGUCGAACGUCACACCAAACUGAUACUGAAGAACGACACGAAUCGGUACGCGAAGAUUCGUAUUCUGUACAAGUUCUCAAAAGUGAACAAGGGCGACACUCAAUGGAGAACUCUGAAGCCGAACAAGGAGUUUGAGCCGCUGGACAUUACUUAUUACACGACGAGGAGAGAAGGACGCCACCGGCGAGUUCAAGGUGCUCGCCAUCCUCUACAAAGUGGUCGAGAGUGAGUAUCGAUCCUUUCGCAUUUGCCAAUUCCAAAUACUUUUCAGCUAAAACCGACAAUUCGAUCACCUACGACGGAAAGUUCCUCGAGUUUGACGAGAAAUUCGAAAUUUAA